UGAGUGCGCUCGGGGAGAGCAGCGAGGCCAAUAUGGCUUCCCGCACCUGGUGACGGUUGAAGAAACUGUUAGUCUCAUGGAGAAGACCCGGGGCGUCGAGGAGACUUCAGAACCAAUGGAGGAGGAAGAGGAAGAUGAUGACUUGGAGCUCUUUGGUGGCUACGACAGUUUCCGGAGUUAUAACAGCAGUGCGGGCAGUGAGAGCAGCUCCUACCUCGAGGAGUCAAGUGAAGCAGAAAAUGAGGAUCGGGAAGCAGGGGAGCUGCCCACCUCCCCCUUGCAUUUGCUUAGCCCUGGGACUCCCCGCUCCAUGGAUGGCAGUGGUUCUGAGCCAGCUGUCUGUGAGAUGUGUGGUAUCGUGGGUACGAGGGAAGCCUUCUUCUCCAAGACCAAGAGAUUCUGCAGCGUCUCCUGUUCUAGGAGCUACUCCUCCAACUCCAAGAAAGCCAGUAUCUUGGCUAGAUUACAGGGAAAACCACCUACCAAGAAGGCCAAAGUCCUGCACAAAGCUGCCUGGUCUGCCAAAAUUGGAGCCUUCCUCCAUUCCCAAGGGACAGGACAACUCGCAGAUGGGACACCAACAGGGCAGGACGCGCUGGUCUUGGGUUUCGACUGGGGGAAGUUCCUGAAGGAUCACAGUUACAAGGCUGCUCCUGUCAGCUGCUUUAAACACGUCCCACUCUAUGACCAGUGGGAGGAUGUGAUGAAGGGGAUGAAGGUGGAGGUGCUCAACAGCGAUGCUGUGCUCCCCAGCCGUGUGUACUGGAUCGCCUCGGUCAUCCAGGCGGCAGGGUACCGGGUGCUGCUCCGGUAUGAAGGCUUUGAAAAUGACGCCAGCCAUGACUUCUGGUGCAACCUGGGGACUGUGGAUGUCCACCCCAUCGGCUGGUGUGCCAUCAACAGCAAGAUCCUGGUGCCCCCGCGGACCAUUCAUGCCAAGUUCACCGAUUGGAAGGGCUACCUCAUGAAACGGUUGGUGGGCUCCAGGACGCUUCCCGUGGAUUUCCAUAUCAAGAUGGUGGAGAGCAUGAAGUACCCCUUUCGGCAGGGCAUGCGGCUGGAGGUGGUGGACAAGUCCCAGGUGUCACGGACCCGCAUGGCUGUGGUGGACACGGUAAUCGGGGGUCGCCUACGGCUUCUCUACGAGGAUGGCGACAGCGAUGAUGACUUCUGGUGCCACAUGUGGAGCCCCCUGAUCCACCCAGUGGGUUGGUCAAGGCGUGUCGGCCAUGGCAUCAAGCUGUCAGAGAGGCGCAGCGACAUGGCCCACCAUCCCACUUUCCGGAAGAUCUACUGUGAUGCUGUUCCUUAUCUGUUCAAGAAGGUUCGAGCUGUCUACACGGAAGGCGGUUGGUUUGAGGAGGGGAUGAAACUGGAAGCCAUUGACCCCUUGAAUCUGGGCAACAUCUGCGUGGCAACCAUCUGCAAGGUCCUCCUGGAUGGCUACCUGAUGAUCUGUGUGGACGGGGGGCCCUCCACAGAUGGCUCAGACUGGUUCUGUUAUCAUGCCUCUUCCCACGCCAUCUUCCCAGCCACCUUCUGCCAGAAGAAUGACAUUGAGCUCACACCCCCAAAAGGGUAUGAGGCUCACACUUUCAGCUGGGAGACCUACUUGGAGAAGACCAAGGCGAAAGCAGCUCCAUCAAGACUCUUCAACACGGACUGCCCCAACCAUGGUUUCAAGGUGGGCAUGAAGCUGGAGGCCGUGGACCUCAUGGAGCCCCGGCUCAUCUGUGUGGCCACUGUGAAGCGGGUGGUGCACCGUCUCCUCAGCAUCCACUUUGAUGGCUGGGACAGCGAGUAUGACCAGUGGGUAGACUGUGAGUCCCCGGACAUCUACCCCGUCGGCUGGUGUGAGCUCACCGGCUACCAGCUCCAGCCGCCCGUGGCCACAGAGCCUACCACGCCUCUGAAAGCCAAAGAGGCCACAAAGAAGAAAAAGAAACAGUUUGGGAAGAAAAGAAAAAGAAUACCACCAACCAAGACCCGGCCCCUCAGACAGGGGUCCAAGAAGCCCCUGCUGGAGGACGACCUGCAGGCGGCAGAGAAGAUCUCGUCGGAGCCCGUUCCUGAUGAGAAUCCUGAGGCCGCGCCCUUCCCGGAGUUACAGGCACACUCUCUUCUCCCUGCCCCCCACCUCUCUUCCUCCUCAGUCAUUACCGUGCGUGUAAAGGAAGAGCAUCUCGACGUGGCCACGCCUGACAAGGCCCCGAGUCCAGAGCUGCCCGUUCCCAUCGAGAACAUCAAACAGGAGACAGGUGACUGAGACUUCCUCGUUGCCUGCCCAGCCACCCAGCUGGCAGCCAGCCCAGGGCGCCUCGACUGCCACCACCCCUCCACCCCACUUUCCUCUGGAGACUGAGCCUUUCUGCGUGAGCGCUGCCUGGUGCUGUGGGCGCUGGGCAGCGAACGAACACCCAGGGUCUCCCGGACCCGCCCUGUUGCCUCUGCCCCCUCCCGGGCAAGGCCGGCGUGACUAGGGCUGCUGAGACCCACAGACUCGCCUGUGAGCAGCUCCCUCUCCAGCUGGAGUUCCCGAAGCUCUUCCUUACCAGCGUCCAUCCACGCCCACCAUGUCCCUCAACUGCCAGGGGUGAGGGGCCGCACACUGGAGGACAAGUUGCUUGGUGGGGGGGGGGGGUGAGCUCAGCGCACGCGCGCGCCUCUGUGUGUGUAUGAGCACAUUCAGCGUGUGUGUGUAUGUGUGUUCGAGCACACACAUCCCCUGAGAGGGAGGCUGCCACCAGCAUUGAACUUAACCCGCUCUGGAGCCCAGGGGGGCUAGGACCUGUCCUUUUCAUUCUCCUGUUAACCAGAGACGGGUCUGGCCCUGCCAGAAAGUCACAGGGCCGCGAUAGAGUUGGGUGGUCAGCCCUGCUGGCUGAGGUGGCCCUGGAGGAGCUCCUGGAGGAAGGAACACACUUCCUGGCUCGUUUUCCUCACUGUUAGUGUCCUUAACUCCGUAACAUGUUUUGAAUCCCCUUCUCUCUAAAGUACCUUCUAGAAGUUCAUCUAACAUCUGCCCAAAUUUCAGCUGCUUUCUUUCCCCCAGUUAGUCUCCUUUGAAACUGUCUCCUCCCUCUGAUCCAUCCUCUCUUCAAGAGACCCUCUUCCUGGAACCUAAGGUGAUGGCAGGUGCUGUCCUCAGCCCUUUUCUUUCCUUCUACAUGUUUGGGUAGUGACGGCACGGCAGUGUGGGUCCCUGUGUCACCCCUUUAAGGGCUGCAGCUGUGCCGGGCGGGUAUCUGGCUUCCUGGACUGUCAGGUGCUUGUCAGAUGGGGUGCUGACCGUGGAUGUGCUCAGGACCCAGCUGUUGGGUGUCAUCCCAGAGAUGGGGUGACCAGCCCAAGGGGAGCUGAUUUCCUGUCAAUUCAAAGAGAACUUGAUCCUUUCUCCUUUUCUAAAGACACUCUGCAGGCCCACAUGGUAUAGAAACCAGGCCCAGAAAGCACCCUCCUGCAGCCUGAGUUCCCCAAAACAUGACUAGGUGUGUGUGGAACACAGUGACGACCAAGGACGGGGCAGGUCCCAGGAAAGAGGGACCAUGCCUGACCCCACCCCCAUUUCACACACACCAGACUUGAGUGGUGAUGGGUCAGUCAGUGGCAUCAGCUCCCAGGGGAGGAAGGUGGCAUGUGUGUGCACUUCAGCUCUGCCUUUGUUGAGGGUAAACUGCUCAGCUGAGACUAAUUCAUCGUCCCCGAUGCUCUUGCCGUUAAUGGAUCCAGUUCUGACUGAAGAGCUUCUAGGAAAACAGGACUUGUAUGGCAUUUUGGCCUUCGGUUGCUUCUUCCUGAAUGGAGAGGUGAAGCCUACAGGUGCCGUGAGCACAACAGGCAGAGCUGGAGGGCACGAUUAGCUGCCGUUGCGGCCCUGGACUGGCCUCCCAUACUUAACUUGCAUGAGACAAUUGAAUCCCUUUCUUGCUGAA